AUGAUUAGAUAUCGAGGAAAAAAUAAGGUCCUCGAUAAAGUUAAGGAAUUAGAUGCAUUUUCCAAAGUUCCAGACGAAUACGUGGACAGUACACCGGUCGGCGGGACAUUUUCAGUUAUAACCUUUUUUAUAGUCAUGUGGCUUGUGUAUAGCGAAGUUUCAUACUUUUUAGAUAGUAAUUUAGUAUUUAGAUUUAUGCCAGACACAGAUAUGGACGAAAAACUAAGAAUAAACAUUGAUAUUACUAUUGCAAUGCCUUGUUCAAGUAUUGGGGCUGAUAUACUUGAUUCAACUUCACAAAGUGUUUAUGGGUUUGGAGAACUAAAAGAAGAAGACACCUGGUGGGAACUAACACAAGAGCAACAAGAUGCUUUUGAUGCAGUAAAAUAUUUAAACUCAUAUUUACGUGAAGAAUAUCAUUCUAUAUGGCAAUUACUUUGGAAAAAAGGUCAUGGUUCAGUAAGAGCAACGGUCCCAGAAAGAAAAACUAAACCUAAUCAUAAACCUGAUGCGUGCCGUCUGCAUGGUGUAUUAACCCUAAAUAAAGUUGCAGGCAACUUUCACAUUAUUGCUGGUAAAAGCUUGCAUUUACCGAGAGGUCACAUACACUUAAAUAUGCUUUUUGAUGAUACACCUCAGAAUUUCAGUCAUAGAAUACACAGGCUUAGCUUUGGAAGUCCUGCAAAUGGAAUUAUAUAUCCAUUGGAAGGGGACGAGAAGAUUACUUUAGAUGAAAAUAUGUUAUAUCAGUAUUUUGUGGAAGUUGUGCCUACUGAUGUAGAUACUACAUUUGAAUCUAUAAAAACAUUUCAGUAUUCUGUUAAAGAGCUUCAAAGACCAAUAAGUCACACAAAAGGUUCACAUGGGGUUCCUGGAAUAUUUUUAAAAUAUGACAUGGCCGCAUUAAAAAUCAAAGUUUAUCAAGAAAGAGAAAACUUGUUACAAUUUAUGUUGCGCUUAUUUUCUAUUAUAGGAGGUAUUUACGUGAUAGUUAGCUUUAUUAAUACUAUAGUGUUGACAGUUCGGACAGCAUUUACAAAUGUUGUAGAUCCUAAGGUUAUUAAAAAUAUAGAAAAUAAUAAACCCACACAAAGCUUUACAGAAAGAAAUCUUUUAUUAUCUGCACGGGAUCUUAAUGUACCCUUUGAUUUAGUAAAUCAA